AUGACUCCAGCUAGUAACACUGUCACGUCGUCUGUAUCCGCUGGUACGGAAGUUUGGGCUGUGGAGGGGGUCGCUCACUCGAUUCUCUAUUACUUGGAUGCGUCGAGUAUCAGCGCUUUCGUCAACAUCAUUCAAGCAACGACUAAACUUCGUGAAUAUCUACAAGACUCUGAACUCUGGGCGAAAUUGUCCGAGCUGCACUUUGGUGGUCUGCGAGACCCAGCGCUUCGAGUUGAGCGCUGCUCCACACAAAGUCGUAGCUGGUCGGUUGGCAAUAGGAAGCUUGCGUGUGUUGAAUUGGACGAAUUCAUGCAGUCUCUUGAUGAUUGGAAGCGCUUUGACGAUACGGUGACUAUCGUGGAGGGGGAUGUUGGACGUAUAAACAACAUUAACGACACUCCUCUGGACGGAAUCGCGUUUCCAACGAGCUCAUACCUAGUGAACCCUCAUAUCGGAGCUGCGAGUGUGGUGUUCCGUCGGGCUGGACAUGGUCUUGACCGGUUCGUCAGCGAGCAAUCUUUCCGUGAAGGACUCGCUAACGGAGCUGGAUGGCUCCCGGUAGGCUCUGCAGUCGUCACUCCUGGCUUCGACACUGGUGUGGAAAAGCUUAUCCAUUGUGUUGGCCCCAGUGUCGGCACGGUCAAUUGCUAUGAGCUGCUAUCUCAAACGUACACAAGCGUUCUCAACUGUGCGGUGGAUGAAAACCUCCAGUGCAUCGCGAUGGUGUCUAUCUCGACAGGCAACCUGGGCGUCCCUUGCGUGAAAGGUGCUCAGGUGGCACUCCGAACACUCCAGAAGUUCCUAGUCACGAGCCAUUGGGAGGGCAAGCUUGCGGUGGUCUGUAAUGACACGAGUGUCAUGCAGGCGUUCACCGACGAAAAGACCGUCCUACUGAAAGGCUUCAAUAUUGUGCCGCCCUUACCAGCCACCGAGGCUGCAGGUCGCUGGUUCUCUUGAGUGAGUCGGACUGCGGGCGACCGAACGUAAUACUCUGCGUGGAGUGAGAAAGGCACUUCACAAAAUACACCAACGAUGAUAACGUUUGUUGACCCAUCUGAAGUUAAUCCUUCGAUUAAGCAUGCGAAACACUGAUCUGUGAAUACGUGUAUUCUGGAGUUAUAACAAGGUACGCAA